AUGUCUGAUCUUGGCGGCAUCCAGAUUCCAAGUGCUUUUGAUCCAUUUGCGGAUGCAGAUGCAGCAGAGUCGGGAGGUCCCGGAUCAAAAGAAUACGUUCAUAUCCGCAUACAACAGCGGAAUGGUCGAAAAAGCUUGACAACUGUUCAAGGAUUGAAGAAAGACUUUAAUUACAUCAAAAUUCUCAAAGAUCUCAAAAAGGAAUUUUGUUGUAAUGGAACUGUUGUCCAAGAUCCAGAAAUGGGGCAGGUUAUACAACUUCAAGGAGAUCAAAGGAAGAAUGUCUCGACCUUCCUCGUUCGGACCGGCAUUGUGAAGAAGGAACAAAUCAAGAUCCAUGGUUUUUGA